AUGCCUUGCAUCUUGGUACGACGUAUUCUGAGUCGUAAAUUCCAACAGUUCUUGGGCUAUUUGAUAGAAAAGUGGGGACGAAAUCAAAACAAUGAAGGCCAAGAUGAGGGCAUGGAAAUGCGAGUCAUCGAAGAAGUUCUAAUCAAUCGAGAAGCAGAGAGUGACGACAGCGAUGACAGUGAUGACGAAUCGAAAGAUCAAAGAGAGCAUGAGCAAAACGCAGAGCAGACCGAUCGUGAAGAGCCUGGAGAGAGAGAUGAGACUGAACAGGGAGAAGAACCAGAGGAUGACCAAGAAGACCAAUCAGAGCAGAGAGACGAACCUGAAAAACGAGAAGAAAAAUCUGAAGAACAUGAGGAUGACAUGGAAGAUGAGCCUGACAAACAAGAAGAAUCGAAAAACGACUGCAAAGAGUCCAAAGGACACGUUGAAGAUAACAUUGAAGAUGAGCCUGACAAACAAGACGAAGAACCAAAAAAGGACUUCGAAGAAUCUGAGAAGCAAGCUGAAGAUGGCAUGAACGAGGAAGCUGGGGAAGACGAGCAGUUUAUCGCGAAUAAGGAUAAACACAAAGCACAUGAAAAUCUCCCAGCAGCCUCAGGGCGAGAGUCUCCAAGAGCACCGCUGGCCACGUUCGACGAUGACAGCGACCUUGAUCAGUUUUACGAAGCGAUCGAUGGCAUAAAAGAAACGAGUGUGUAAUCAAUAACAUUGUAUUCUCAGAGGAGUGCAUUCUUUGUGAAACAAAUUUAAUUUGGAAUUUAUUAAGUAGUUACCCGCGGUCGUUUUCGUAAAUAACGUCAAAAUACAGUUGCCUUAAAGUUAUCAACUCGAGAGGUCAUUCCAAAAGACUGGCAGAUAGAGUUACCCGUUACAUUAAUCUCUAAGGGUUUUUCCUUGAUAAGUAGUUAACCUUUGAGUAGUCUUUUAUAAAUUUAUUUCAGAUGUAGAUUGAAUUUUAGUUCACUUAGUGCUAAGUGUAGAAAAAGUAGCAGCAUAGCAAGCUGUUUAAUAUAUAGGGUCUGAUCUGAACAGCGGGCAAACUUAAUAGGCUGCUAGGGAAAAGAUUACUCUCGCCCCUUAUUUACAUGUCAGUUGUUAAAAAUGGUAAGAUUUUAACUACACUGCUGUGUUUUUUGGCAUUGCUAAGCCAUAAAUCAUAUUUAUACAAUCUAACGCUGACAUCAGUAGAUGGCUGUGUUGUAUCACAUUGCUAGGCCAUUAAUCAUAAUUAUUCAAUUUAAAUCAGUGACAAUAUAUUGCUAUCUUACUUAUGAUUUCUUUUAUUCAAUCUUAACGUCUUAUGAUAUAUUUUGUAGAUGGCUUGUUGUACAGCAAUACUAAGCCAUAAUUUGCAUUUAUUCAAUUUGUAGUCACCAUCAGUAUCUUACCUACAGUAAGCAUUCAGUAACAGGUUGUGUUGUAUAGCAAUGCUAAGCCAUGAAUCAUACUUAUUCAACCUGAAGUUAUCUUAGUUAUGAUUUUGUGAUCACAGUGGUAAUAUCUGAUAUGUUUAGUAGAUGGCUGUCUUGUAAUACAAUGCUUAAAGCCAUCAAUCAUAUUUAUUCAGUCUAAAUCUACUAAUGAUAUCUUACUCACGAUUUAUUUCAUCGCAAUUGUAACUUCCACUAUGUUUAGCAGAAGGUUGUGUAGUUUAACAAUGCAAGGCCUUGAGUUGUAUUUAUCCAAUUUGAAGUUGCUUUCGAUAUCUUACUCUUGAUUUGCUCCAAAAUAUAUGCUAGAUCUUAAGUAAUUAGUAGAUGGCAGCAUUACUUGACAAUGUUAUGCCAUAAAUUUUAUUUACCCCACGGCACGCAUGUACUAAGUGCUCAGGUCAGAUGAUGCAUGUGUAUCUGGCUCACAUAUUUAUUAAUUUGGAUUUUUUGCUCUCUCUACUCCUAAGUAAAUUUUGCAGAAGCUCGUACAAAUUGAAAGAAAAAAAAGGGUGUUACUGACGUAAUAAAGAAAGACAGGAAGACAAACAUCAACUGAGUGAUAUGUAUCAGUCAAACCUAGGUUGGUAAACUGUCAACUAUCCAGUGAAGUCACUGUAUAUUGUCAAGCAUA